ACAGCCUUAAGAGUUUGUAGGGCAAAGUUCACCUUAAUUCAGCGGACGACAGAAACAUUGCAGGUAAGAAGUACAUUGCAGGCGUAGUCGUGAAACAUCACAGAGAAGGUCCCAGUGAGGCACCAGACAGGUACCAAACAUGAUGUCAGACUACCUGAGUGGUGACUUGGUGGACUUUGUCUCUUCCCAUCAACAUCUCAUUCUCACAGGGGUUGCAGCAGGAGUGGCCUUCUAUGCCGCCCGGAAGUACUUUGGCGGGGGCGGGUGUUACAGCACAGCCAGGCUGGAGGGGAAGACUGCCAUCAUCACAGGUUCUAAUACAGGACUGGGCAAGGAGACGGCACGCGAUCUGGCCAGGAGAGGUGCCCGGGUGAUCCUUGCCUGUAGAGAUGUGACCAAAGCUGAGGCUGCUGCGGAAGACAUUCGCAAGACUACCGGAAACGGAAACGUUUUGGUGCGUAAACUGGACCUGGCUUCUCUGGCCUCAGUCAGGGAGUUUGCAGCAGGAAUUAACGACAAUGAAACCCGCCUGGACCUUCUCAUCAACAAUGCAGGGAUCAUGAUGUGCCCCCAGUGGAAGACAGAAGACGGUUUUGAGAUGCAGUUUGGCACGAACCACCUGGGUCACUUCCUCCUCACCAACCUGCUGCUGGACAAGCUCAAGACGUCCGCCCCCAGCCGGGUCGUGACUGUGUCUUCGAUGGGGCAUCAGUUUAUCAAGAAGAUGCAUUUUGAUGACCUGAACAUGGAAAAUAACUACAACUCCAUGGAUGCAUACAGUCAGAGCAAGCUGGCCAACAUACUCUUCACUAGGGAGUUGGCAACGAGACUAGAAGGGACAGGAGUGACCUGUUAUUCUGUCCAUCCGGGUGGUGUGCGAACAGAGCUAGGCAGAUACAUGACCGACACCUACGGACUAUGGCUGAUCCUGUUACGGCCAAUCAUCUCACCACUUAUGUACGUCGUCGGAAAGAGUAGCGUGCAGGGUGCACAGACCUCCCUCCACUGUGCACUUCAGGAGGGCCUGGAGUCCAAGUCUGGUCUGUACUUCAGCGAUUGUGCGGAGAAAGACCCGAGUCCAGCGGGCCAGGACGUUGAGGCGGCCAAGAGACUGUGGGAGGUCAGCGAGGAGAUGGUGGGACUCAAACAGUAAUAACAACUGAGAAUGUUAAAAUGACAGAGGACAAUUGUACUUUUAGGAAUACUGUAAUUCUAUUUCCAAAUUUCAGGUGGGCCAGUCUGAUGGUUUAUGUUAGGCUGAGACAAAUCCUAAGAGUAGGUCAUGGGAAAAUGCUAAAUGAAACUAAAGGGAGACAGGGACAAAAUGUUUCCUCACAGUACCAUAACAUAUGGUACAAGUAUAUUA